UUCCUUAUGAAAAUGUGAAAAGAAUAAAAUAAAAUAAAAUGGCUGCCGAGAGGCAGCAAGCCGACGUAUAGUUUCAGUCUCUUAAACCCUCAAAAUCUGCAAAAACCUCACCUUUAGAUUGUUUCUAUAAAAAUCCAUAACCUAAAACUGCAAAUCAAUGGAGACCCAAUCAGAUGGCACCUUCAACAGCAGCGAUGACACUUCUUCAGUAUCCACAAUCAAAACCCUUCGUUCUAGACUAGAAUCCCGAAUUGAAACCCAGCACAAUUCCCAACUCGACCUUAUAGCAUCACUCCGAUCUUUAGUGCCUAACAUUGUUUCUUCUCUUGAUGUUUCUCUUCAAAUCGUCUCUUCGUUCAAUUACAAACCCUUUACCCCAACGCCUCCACUCCCCAACCCAACAAAAACAGCCAUCGAAAUCACAAACCCACCACAGAACCCGUCGAGUCCUCAAAUCGGUAUUCACUCAAAACCUGAAAGUUCCAAUAUUGACACCAAGAAACCGAAACCGAACCAAUUGAAUGGUAACAAUGAUAAGUUUGAUAUUGAUGAAAAUGGGUCUCCUUUGUCUGUUGUGAGGGUUAUGGUUGCGGAGUGUUUAUUGCAGAGAGUACCUUUUGAUCCUAUUGAUUCUUCGACGGUUUUGAGGAAGCUGGAGAAUGACCAGAAUGCGACGGCGGCGGAGAAGGCUGCGUUGAGAGAGGUGGGUGGUGAGUCUGGUGCUAUUCUUGCAGUUGAGAUGGCUUUGAGGUCAAUGGCUGAAGAGAAUCAUGGGAUUGAGUUGGAGGAGUUUGUGGUUAGUGGUAAGUCUAGAGUUAUGAUUUUGAAUAUCGAUAGAAAUAUAUUAGUUAAGGAAUUGCCUGAAAGUGCUCAGUAUCAACAGCAGUUAGAGUCUGAUUUAAAUCAGAAUCACAAUCAGGGUAAUAGUAAUAAUGGCGGGGUUGACGUGAAUAACAGUGGAGGUUUUGGGAUGGGAGGACAGGUAAUGCAGAGACCAAUGCCGGCAGAUAUGUGGAUGGGUGGGGAUAUGUGGAAUGGGCCUCCUAGAGGAGGGAUGGUGGGUCCAAGGGGGAUGAUGAUGGGAACGAGAGGGAUGAUGCAGAGACCACCAUUGCCAAUGCAGCAGCAGCAGAAGCAAAGAACUGAGGAAGAUGAUUUGAAAGAUUUGGAAGCUUUGCUUAAUAAGAAGUCAUUUAUGGAGAUGCAGAAGUCCAAGACUGGAGAGGAGCUUUUGGACCUCAUCCAUCGGCCUACUGCCAAAGAAACUGCUGUGGCUGCUAAGUUCAAGACCAAAGGUGGUUCUCAACUGAAGGAGUACUGUUCAGCUCUAACAAAAGAGGAUUGCAGGCGUCAAUCGGGUUCCUUUAUAGCAUGUGAGAAGGUCCAUUUUCGGCGAAUUAUUGCUCCUCAUACUGACGUCAGUCAGGGUGACUGUUCUUUUCUAGACACUUGUCGUCACAUGAAGACAUGCAAGUAUGUUCAUUAUGAGCUUGACCCUACUCCUGAUGUACCACCUAUGAUGAUGGGUGCUCCCCCCAAAGCUUUAAAGCCCCAGCGUGCAGAGUAUUGCUCAGAAGUAGAACUCGGUGAACCACAAUGGAUUAAUUGUGAUAUUCGUAAUUUUAAAAUGGAGAUUUUAGGGCAAUUUGGAGUUAUAAUGGCUGAUCCACCUUGGGAUAUUCAUAUGGAACUGCCUUAUGGAACAAUGGCUGAUGAUGAAAUGAGAAACCUUAAUGUUCCUGUAUUACAGACUGAUGGUUUGAUUUUCCUUUGGGUUACUGGACGUGCAAUGGAGCUUGGACGCGAGUGUUUGGAUCUCUGGGGUUACAAGCGUGUUGAGGAGAUAAUAUGGGUAAAGACUAAUCAACUUCAGCGAAUUAUUAGAACAGGCCGGACAGGCCAUUGGCUCAAUCAUAGCAAGGAGCAUUGUCUUGUUGGAAUUAAGGGAAACCCAGAAGUGAACAGGAAUAUUGAUACUGACGUCAUUGUUGCCGAGGUUCGAGAGACAAGCCGUAAGCCAGAUGAGAUGUACCCUUUGCUGGAGAGGAUUAGUCCAAGGACGAGAAAGCUUGAAUUGUUUGCACGCAUGCACAAUACUCAUGCUGGGUGGAUGUCACUUGGUAAUCAAUUGGAGGGAGUGCGACUGGUUGAUGAUGGCCUGCGAGCUAGAUUUAAGGCUGCUUACCCAGAUGUUAUGGUGCAACCUUCCUCUCCUCCCCGGGCUUCUGCUAUGGAAGUAGAAUCUGCUUCUCAAAUGAGGAAUCCUUUUGCAGUGACAGAACCAAAGUCAACUGCCGCACAUUCAGCAGAGCAUGCAGCUCUGGAGACGGCCUAUAUUUCUGAAGAGAAGCCAAUGGCUGUAGAUACUGAUAUGGCUGGCUGAAUGGCUCUGAUCCUCUUGAUAAUCAAGCAUGAGACACGAGGGGGGAUUUGGAUCCCCGACCAUUCUACCAUUCGGUCAGAGCAGUGCAGACCAGUUUCUAUGCUAUAUAUUAUGUCCCCAUUAGAUCAGGCUAACAGCAAAACAUAUGUAGCACAACAUGUAAAAGUCACUAGUUGCAAUUCAUACUGCUCCGUUACAUGGAUGAUUCUUUUCUUUUUGGUCCAGAAGGCUGAGAAGAUCCCCACCAUCUUUCGGACUCGAUUGUCAGAAUUCAUUGUCAACUAGAUUGAAAUCGUCCUUAUAUAAAUAGACUUGUCGGAAAUUCUUAUAGAGAAUCUUUUGAACUGGAAAUUUUUAAUCUUUCACAUUGCGAAACAUAUAUUCGACUUUCAA